AUGCAAUGUCAAAAGAGCCUCAACGUUAACGAGGAAUACCUAUGCGCCAUCCGAACAAAAUCGUUCGCCGAUUGCUUCACGAAAUUCCAAUUGCUCGUAGACGAGCAACCAUUGCCAUCGCAGCCAACCGGAAGGUUCCAUUCCGAAUUCUCGGAAGUUCUUCUCCAACCAGGCCGUGAAGCCAUAGCCUCAAUCUUCGACUCAUCUUCUCUUUUCUCAAAAUCAACAACAUUAUUCAAAGGCCUAAAAUCACUCCUACUCGAUUACUUCGAGACCAGCGCCGAGUCCUCCGAUUUCUGCAGCCGCCUCCUCGAAACCCUAGCCCACCUCCGAUCCGACUGCAGGUCCACCGCCGGAAUCAUCGAUGCCGCUGCCGACGGCGGCGGCGACCUCCUUUCCCGUGCCUACCUGCAGAACCCUUUUCCUAAUCUUAACAGGCAAUACGUCGAACACCUUCGGGGCAGGCACUCUUCGGUCCUGCGCCGCCUGAGAUCCGGCCGGAGCCAGGCGGCGUGGAGGUUCAAACUGGCGAGGCUCCUCAAACGAGUCUCCACCGUGGGAUCCGCGGUCCUCGGGAUUCCGGCCGGGGAGCCGGGGCGGUUCGAUGUCCGGUUCAUGGGGAGGGCCGCCGGGCAGCUGGACGCGGCAGCGAAGGGAGCGUACAUACUGAGCCGGGAUUUCGAAACGAUGAGCCGGCUCGCGGGUCGGGUCGGGGACGAGGUGGAGCACGGCAAGGCGAUGAUAAGGCUGUGUUUGGAUCGGAGGGAGGAUAAGGUUUGUUUGCUGGCUUUGAAGGAGAUGAGGAAGGAUGGGUUCGGGCUGAGGAGGCGGGUGGAGGAGCUUGAGGAGCAUGUUUAUUUGUGCCUCGUCACGAUUAAUCGGGCUCGGGCCAUGCUGGCUAAAGAAAUUUCCAUGGAUGUUGGGUAG